AUUUUAUUGCAAAUUGGCAAAGUGAAAUAGUGUGAGACAAAAGGAAGUUCCAUGUCCGAGUUGAGGCAAGGAAUGACCUCAUAAUGAACAGCUGUGGAUCUACAGACAGAAGACAUCCUGAGGGUGACAAUCCCUGAGACACAAGUCAGGUUCCACAAGAAGCCCAAUGUGUCAAAAACUAUGAACCUGAUGGACUCAAGCAGACAUCUUCCAGGAGACAGAGAGAUUCUGGGGCUCAGGGGGAAGGAACAAAGCAAGGGGGAAGGAAGGUCUAUCUGACUUCUUCAGCAGGAGGACUUGGAAGGAGGGAGCAGGGAACCCAGGAGUUGGGAGGGUCUGCUGGGCUGCAUGCUGGGGAGGGGCUGUGGCUCCCUCCCUCCUGCCAGCAGCCCUUUGUGAUGAGGAGGCCACAGCUGUGUGAUGUGAGCCUGAGCCCUCCUGACAAGCCUCAUACUGUGCUCCCUGGACUCAGUUGCUUGAGAGCCUCAGUGAGAUUCAGAAGAUGGAGAGUUCUGUCCUUCAGCUGAAAAGCCUUAGUGACUCCUGGAUGAGUCUCAGCUCCAUUUUCAUAGCAGUGGAUGUGAUCUUUGGUGUUAUGUGUGGAGUAGGGCUCUUCUUCCUACUGAUCCCCUUCCUGAAGACGUACCCAGUGUCACCACCACCUGAGAGUGGAAAGAACACCCCAAAGGUGAGGAGGAGGAGGCAGAGCAAGACCAGGAAGAAAAAUGCUUCUGUAAAAGGUUGUAGUGAUGACAGAAAGAGUGUGGAAGAGAACCAGAAUCCAUCACAACCUGUGGAAAUCCCCAUCGAGCAACUGUUACUGGACCCUGCAUCACUCCCCUUUGGGAAAUCUAAUGAGAAACAGGAUCAGCUUCCCCUCUCUCAGCUACUGUCUUACCUCAAGUUCUUGGAGGAUCUUAUACAGCAAAAAUUUAGCCAGAUUUUCUGGGGCAUGUCCUCUGUGCUCUCUGAGUCAGUGGUGGCUACUGCCUGGGUCUCCAAGAGGCCUUGCUCUGUAAGACAUAAAACCGUGAGGUUCAGUGAUACAGUUGAUCCUUUCCCAGCUCUACCUCCUGCUCAAGGACCUCCACAGAUUUCUCAGGCCCAGCGAUUGCCCCCCCAACUUGUGACACCAAACGUGGUGGGUGUGACAGAGGUCCAGACACUCAACAGCCUCCCAAGCUCUACACCAAACCAAGCACUUUCUGCAUCCACAAGCAGGGCCUGUGGAACAACAUGUUGUAACACUGGGAUGAAGGUGUUGGCAUCCCUCCUGACUGAAAACCAUCCCUGGCAGCAGGAUCUGGAGUGGAAAGACACCAUAGGCUCUAAUGUCCAAAGUCAUCAAGCAGCCAUUAGCCGGCCUACUCACAACUUGCCCAGGGACAUCCCACCCACUGAAGCUAUCAGGUCGGCCUCCAUCCCUCCUGAGCAUUGUCAGUUCCUCCAGCACCAUGAGGAGUCACAGAGUGAAUACAGGAUGAAGAAGGUGAGAGUACAAGGCCCCCCCUUCAGGUUCCUCCCAUCCCAGGAACUGAUGCAGCUGCAGGGACGCUUCCCAGCAAACAGUCGUCGCCAGUCUAAGGACAAGCCUGAACUCCCCCAGCCUGCCCAGCCCUCCAUCCUCUACUACAAAAGCUGCAAGUUGAGUCAGAUGAUGGAGACUACGCCCUCAGGGAUGCCCCUAAAGAAGGACCCAGCAAGAUGUAACAUACAUGAACUCAUCAAGGAGGGCCCCAGUUUUAGAGCCAAAGCCUUGCCUUGCACUUCAAGCAGCACCCGUGGGCAGGGUCUGGAACCCAGAAAACGUGCACUGAGGACAGAGCAGCAGUCCUAUGUGAACACCACCCAGGACCUUUCCUUCCUUGACCCCAAAACCCAAAGGAAGCUGGACUCAAACAUCAAACAGCUUCCUGCAAAACACAGAUGGAGACCGUAUCUACAGACUCUUGUGUCAAGGGAUCUCAUCCCUCCAGGGGUUCCAGCCUCAUUUCUUCCCCAGCUUGUCUAUCCCUCCUCACCCACCUGUGUUUCUAAGGUUGAAUACUAUUCCAAGGCUGCCAUGAUCCUGGAAAAAAUGCAUCACCAAGAUCCAGGAGGGACAAGGGUAGAAACUGUAUCAGCGUCCAGGCUGCAGAGUCCUCUGUUUGCACACUCACCUUCAGAGGUUCAGGAGAUGCAAAGAGCCACUCCACCAGCUGCCAGCCAUGGGCCUGCCAAGGUUCAUCCAGAUACUCUGCAGAGCUAUCUGAGCACUCAGACCCGGGCUUUCUGCUUCCAGGCAAAAACCCAGAAGAGCAGGAUUGUCCAAGGGACUGGAAGAGGCAGCCUGCAACCAAGGACCAGCCCAAGAAUGCCCAAGCAUGCAGCAUGGAAGAGGUUUGAGAAUGUGGCCUCAGGACAUCCCUGCUGGAGUGGGACAAUGCUGGGCCCUCAAGAAAGGUUUCUACCUUCAGUGGUCAAACAAACCAAUAGAUCAGAGGAGAAAAAGGAGACAAUUCCUGCAUGGAAAGUGAGUCUGGGAUUCACAGAGAUUCCCAUUGGCCAAGCCAUCAAUAUCCAUCUCAGGGACUUUGAGUCUAAAGAGGUCAGUAGAAGCCCAGGACGUUUCCAAACACCUACUCCACAGCACUCAGGAGAUUCAGCUCUAAAGACACAAGUGUUUAGUGAGAUUGACUUCAGAUCAAACAAGCAGCCACAGGCCCGGCCUGUGGGCCAUCAUAAAGACAGCCUCAGUUCAGUGAGUUUGCCUUCAGAGCAUUUGCUUCCCAGCUUCCAGAAUAGAUCCAAAAAGCCCAAGACUUCCCAGGACCUAGAUGAUAUCUUCAUGAGGAGAGAUCGGAGCCAGGAGACUCAGAACUUCAGAGUUCCCAAGAAUAAGAUUCAAGCAAAGAAUCACAAGGCAUUUCAUCCCAAUGACCAGAGGAAGGAGUUGGUGAGAAGCAGAGCCACAUGCCAGGAGGAAAGGCCAGGGAGAGAGAGGCCCUCUACCCCAAGCUUUACCCAGUUCAAGGAUACAUCAUCCAUAUCUGAGUUUCAGUCCUCCUUUGAUAUGCCAGGAAAGGGGCAGGCUCUGCCAGAAAAUAAUCUGAAGAAAAUCAAAAGGAUUUUUCUACAAUAUCUCAACCUCAGCACAAAAGACAAGGGGCAGGGAGAUUCUCUAAAGAGUGAAAACUCUACACCAGCUACUGUGAUUACCCAGGAGUCAGAAUCAAAAGAAAAGCUCAUCUACAGUAUGGUAGUUGAAAUGCAAUACAUCAUGAAUGUUGUGGUGCAGGUCCUGGUGAACUGGCUGGGUCUUAAUGUAGGGGACCCAACAGAGGAACAAUGGUUUCAAGUGGAACCUCUGAUAUCCCAGCUGAGUGGCUUUCACUCUCCUAAGGGUCUCUAUGACCCUAAGAAUAGCAGACCAGAGAGAUUAAUGUGCCCCGAGGAUCAGAGCCAUCCAUCCAUGUAUAAGGGAAUCAGAGACAAACAGCAGUUGGUUGUUGGUGCCCAGAGAGCCUGUGAUCAACAUCAGAACAGAGUGAAGAGAGGAAUGGGCUUUGACCAACUCCCCACUCCCAAGGGGAACAACCAUCCAUGUAGGAACAGGGGAACUGGAGACAAACAGCAAUUAGAUGUUGAUGCCCAGAGAGCCUAUGACCCAGAUCAAAUUAGAAUGAAGAGUGGAAGGGGCCGCUAUCCACAUGCCAGCCCCAAAGGACACAAACAUCUAUUUAUGCACAGAAAUGUUGGAGAUAAACAGCAAUCAGGCAUUGUCCAGAGGGCCCGUGACCCACAUCAAAGUACAGAAAAGGGAAUGGGCUGUGGCCACCUCAUAGGUCCUAGAGAGAACAACCAUCCAGUCACAUACAGAGGAAGUGGAGACAAGAAACAGUCAUAUGCUGCUGCCCAGAGAGCUGGUCACCCCAAAUGGACCUUACCAGCAUAGGCCAAGGAGCAGGUGCCUCAGGCCACUUUGGCCUUUGCCCAUCAAGAGUUCUACCAAAAGCUGUCUCAUUGCCCAGCCUUUUCUUCCCCCAUGCUUUCCUGGUAAUAAACGUUGGAUUUUUCCUGCAAA